AUGGCAGACACUGUCUGCUGCAAGAAACUAGUGGAGGACAUCGGGGGUUGGAUCAAGGUCUACGACGACGGCACCAUCGAGCGGUCUCCGCCUCCCCCGGAGGCAAGCCAACUAGCAACCACCAUUGCGCCGUACGAUGUGCCGCGCAACGGUGUAACGGUGCACGACAUCCGGGCCAACCCGCCUCUCCGCCUCUACCUCCCGGAGGCGGCUCCUUUGGCUGGUCGCCGUCUUCCGGUCCUCCUCCACUUCCACGCCGGCGUGUUCUGCCUGACCGACCCUACCUGGUCGCUGUACCAUUGCUUCUACGCCCGUCUCGCCGCCUCCAUCCCCAUUGCCGGUAUCGUGUCCAUCACUCUCCCCCUUGCUCCGGAGCACCCGCUCCCGGCGGCCAUGGCCGCCGGCUUUGCCGCCAUUGACUGGCUGAAGUCGCUCGCUCAGCCAGGGCUGCUAGCUGAACCGGUCCUUGAGCCGACGUCCGACCCGGUGGGGAAGCUCAAGGCCGUGGCCGACUUUUCAGGUGUCUUCCUGAUAGGUGAUAGCAAUGGAGCCAACCUGGUGCACCAUGUUGCCGCCGGGUUCAACUCGGCGGAGCCGGCCUACCGGGGCCCGGUCCGGCUCGCCGGAGCCAUUAUGCUCAACCCGGGUUUCUCCCGGUCCACUCCAAGCCGAUCCGAGUCGGCCGACAUGCAACUGGACCCGUACGUGGACUACAAGCUGGCGGACAGGCUCCUGGCGCUGGCACUCCCCAAAGGCGCCACCCGAGACCACCCCUACAUUUGGCCCGUCCGGGACGACGCGGCGGCGGCAGUUCUGGCCAUGCCGCCGCUUCUGGUGAGUGUCGCGACCUUGGACACGAUGCGUGACCGGCAGGUUGAGUAUUGCAACGUGAUGCGGCGCGCUGGGAAGGAUGUAGAGGUGGCGCAGAGCCCCGGUGUGGGCCAUAUGUUCUACCUUAACCAGGGCGCCCCCGAGCCGGCCGACGAGGAGGCGGCGGCGCGCAUCGCCGAGCUCAUCGAGGCCAUCAGAGGCUUCGUCGGCAGGCGCCACGGCUGUGUCGCUCGGAUGUAG